UUUUCCAUCUCUAUUCCGGCAUAAAUUGCAGCAAACCAAAACGUUUUGAAAUUGUUAACAACAAAAAAGUGUAAAAUCCUUUGAAAUGCAGCGCGAAAUAGCGCACAACCUGGCGACAGGUGAGCGGCGCACCAAGGAUGUGGCCCCCGGCAAGGUGAAAACCUUUCCCGAGCUCAACCUUCGCCAUGAAAUCGUGCUCGGUCUGCAGCGCAGAAAUUUCCUGACACCGACCAUGAUCCAGGCGGCCGCCAUACCGAUUGCGCUGAGUAAAAAAGACACGCUUGUCCAGUCCAAGAGCGGCACUGGAAAGACCCUGAUCUACGCCAUAGCAGCCUUGCAGCGCUUUGACGCAUCCAUAAGGACACCGCAGGCCCUGGUGGUGGUGCCGACUCGCGAACUAGCUGUUCAGGUGAAGGAUACCUUCAUCUACGUGGGCGAAUUCCUGCCUAAACUGAAGGUAAGCUACGUUAUUGGCGGCAUCGAUGUCCACUCCGAUCGCGUACGCAUCAAGGACUGCCAAAUUGUCAUUGGAACACCUGGCCGCCUGUUACAUCUCUACAGAAAGAAUGUCCUUUGUGUCAAAAAUAUGCAUCUACUCGUCCUGGACGAGGCCGAUCAGCUGUAUCUACAAGAUGGUCUCCGCCGGCACGUUAUGGAACUGAUUCAAGUGUUGCCGCCGCCGCAGCAGAUACAAAAGAUUGCCUGCAGUGCCACCUACGAAAAGAAUUUGGACGAGCUGGUGGCCAAGUCAAUGCACAAGCCAGUGCUCAUAUCGAACAGUGAGCGGGCCACUGUCCUCCUGGGCAUCCGUCAGUUUGUCUACGAGCUGCCCAGGCAGAUCAACAACAUAGCCCAGAUGAACUGCAAGCUGGACGCAGUCAUGCAGAUCUUUAAUCUGGUGCCCUACGAGCAGGUUGUGCUCUUUGCCAGCUCCAAAAUGCGUGCCGAUUCGUUUCGGAACUAUCUGGCCAAGCGGGGAGUCGAGUGUCAUUUGAUUUCGGGUGCCAUGAGCCAGGAGGAGCGUUCAAAGGUCUUUGAUUGCUAUCGUUACUUCACAAUGCGUACUCUGGUGGCCACGGAUGUGUUUGCACGCGGCGUAGACUCACCGCACACGAACUUAAUAGUAAAUCUUGAUCCGCCCAUGAAUCAUGUGGACUAUCUGCAUCGCAUUGGUCGAGCAGGAAGAUUUGGUUCAAAGGGUAUAGCCAUAACGCUGGUGUACGAGGGUGCGGAGAGCGAGGCAUUCAAGGGUAUAUUGAGCAAGGCGCACACUGGCAAGUCGGUAUUGGAGUUUCCCAAGGAGGCAGAGAAGGGUUUGGAUUUUUGGAAUUUUUCUUCGUAUGAGUUUCCAUAUUACAUCAAGGAAGAGGAGAGUGUGGAGUUGAAGGAGUUUCCCCAGAUGGAAGGAACUUCAAAGGGAGCUGGUGGAACUGUGGAGGAUAUUGGAGAGGCUCCACUGAAGAAGGAUGCUUUAACAGAGGAAGCUGAAAGAAAGAAAGAUGCCUUAAAAGAUGAAGAAGCUUCAGCGGAUGUUGAUUCUUCAAAGAAAAUUGAGGUUCCCCAGGAGGUGGAAGCUUUGCCAGCUAAAGAUGAUUCAAAGAAGAAUCCCAUGGAAGAAGCGACUCCCAAUAUGCUGGAAAACGAGGCUAAAAUCAUAGAUAAAUUAGCUCAAAUGGAGGAAUGCUUCGAAGAAGAAGAUCUUUCUAAGAAAGAAGAUGCCACAAAAGAGACUUCAAAACAAAAGGAUUUUCCUGCAAACGAAACAGAUUCGAACCAAUCAGCAUCUUGUGCUCUCUCCCAAGAAAAUCCCUUACCCAAACCAGAUAAACCGGAAAUAUCUGUUAUUGCUUGUCCUAAACUAAAGGAAACCCUUCAGGAAGCUUUAAAAGAAGACAAACUAGAGAGUAGCGGUGAAGAAGAACAACCAGAUUCAAUUUUAAAGGAAAAUGUCCUUAAACCAAACAACUCUACAAAUAAACCAGACAAAGACACCCACAAAGAGCAGCCUCCACCUAUAAUCAAGGUUACCAGACAAGAAACUGAAAACGACAUAGAAAAGAACAAAGAAAAUCAACCAAAUAAUCAGAAUACCCAAUACCCAGAUAACUCAAUUUCCCCAGAAUUAUCACCAUCACCAUCGUUGACACCUCUGGACUUGACACAAGAACAGACCUUGACUCCACCAGCGGCGCCAGUUAAUUCCAUUAACAACAAAACCUACUGCUUGGCAGCGCCAACUGCAACCAGUUCCCUGACCCUGCAGGCCAUGGUCAUCUCCAACACGGUGGACGAUGCCAGCAGCAUUAGCUCCGAUGGCAGCAUGGGCAGCAGGAGCGAGUCCUUUGAAAGUCUAUAUUCAAACUCUGAUGUGAAACAAAUGUGGAAAAAGUACUUGAUAAUCCGCAGGAGUCACAAGAGGAGCGCCAAGGUCCAGACUCCCAAGUUGAUGUACAGCUGGGCAACUUGUAAGCCAGUUUUUCGUGUGAAACGCAAACGUAAAGUCAAGCCAAAGGAAAUUCAAGUGGUACCCACUAUAUACCUUUUCCCAGAGCCGAAGUUUUUCCGUAUUUUUGAGAAACUGGAGCAGAAGCAGACCAUUAUUAAACGCUUGUUUAAAUACACUAAAAAAUACAGAAUGUGUAACCUGGCUAGCAAUCUCUUCCUAAAUCAUCUCUAUGAUGCCUACAAUGAUAUUUACGGCUUGAAAUUUAUGUCAGAGCCAAAGAAAUCCAAGGAGAAUGAGCCACAAAACAAGCUAACCGUACGUGAGGCUCAUCGAAUGAACAUUCCACCUGUUUUAGCUGUCGAUGAAGAUCCUGCCACUGGCUCUGAGACUAGUCAACACUCUGAGGAGUUCACCGACCACGAAGAUGAUUAUGAGGAAGAGGAGGAACUGGAGGAGGAAUAUUCAUCAAGUGGCUUUGUGGAGAGCAAUGAGAGUGCUUCAUCCGGCAUAGAUACUUCGGUGUAUAACAAUGAUUCCUCCAGCGAAGGUGAACAUGAAUAUAUAUAUUCUGAAGAGACCGAUGAUAGUGACACUACGGUGUACAGCUCCGAGUCGGAAGAAGCGGAGGAAGAGGAGGAGGAGGUGGAGGCUACCUACACAGGCAGCAACGUUAGCUUGGCUGGAUCAAGCUAUCAGGGAUCUGUCAGCGCUGAGGAUGAUGAGAAUGACCAGAGUGACAGUCACCAGGAAGUCCUAGCUUUAUAUCAGCAAAUGUUCCAAACACAAUAUCAGUUCAUUGCCGCCCAUGUGGCCAGUCAACAGACCAGACCAUAAAAAAUGAACAAAAUACUAGUCCCAAGCUCAGGUCACUAACAAAACGGAUUAGUUCCAAAAAAAGAGGCUGCAUCAGUCUCUCUUUUUUUCUUACAUCUCUUUAAAUAUACAUAUGUAGCCUGUUAGCCUUGAAUACUCAUCAUAAACAAUAUCAAUUUAAUGCCAUGUUAUGAACUCUAAAUCGAUGAACGAUGAAUGUUUUUGUACAAAUGCAAACAAAAAAAUAAACACAGAAAAAUACAUUUGUAUUUAAGGUUGUAACUUUAA